AUGUCACUGGCUCAGGCCAAAGAAAGAGCCCGUCAGAAACGAGCCGCCAAGAAAGCCCCGUCCAUGGACUGGAGCAAGAGGAACGAACUGUUCGAGUUGGACCUGGGAGGAGAGCUCGCCGGCGAGUGUCUGGUGGCACUUGGUACAUGGGAAUUGGAAGGGCACAGUCCGAAAGAUCUGGGGCCCACCACUAGCAGGGAUCGGCAUUGGGGUCAGGUGCAAUGUGAGCUGGGCAGGAGCGCUCCGUUACGACUGCACAGGCAGAGACCCUCCUCUGCUGGUUUGGACCUGGCUGAGUUUCACACUGUCCUCCCCACACUGGAGGUCUGGGCCCAGCAGAUCCGCCUCCUGAAGGAUCUGCAAAGGGCUUUAAAUCAGUUGGCUGCCAGACUGAUGCCCUGGCAGCCAUGUGAUGGCGGCCAUAAUGCUGCAGAAGCAGUAACAGUGGAGGACAUGCUGUUGCUGGUGGACACCAUGCUGGAAAACACCUCAGCUGAUGAUGACAAGGUGCUCAGCAGUCCCACUCGAUACACUCUGGGCUCCAUGGUGUGUCAAUUCCAGAAGCUGUUUGACGUGACCUCCCAGGUCUACAGCAGGCUGGGAGACACGAGCAACACCAUGAGGAACCUCCGAGAUGUUCUGCAGCUCGACAGCAGGGUUCCUCCUGCUGAGGUGGUGAACCGGGUGGCCAGACUGGUUUCCUCCACCGCACACCAAGAUGUGCUGGGAGAUGCUGAUAUCGACAGAAUCAUCAUCAAAGUGAAGCAGCAUGAGGCGUUCUUCCCUGCUUUCCACGCCCUCAUUAUGGAUAUUUUACAGACUCUGGGAGUGAGUCAGCUGGACGACAUCCUUCCAGCUCUGAAGUGUUUGAAGCAAACAGCACAAUGA